UUGUCAAAAUCUAAUACCAUCUAUAAUCUUUUUGCUUAACGUCAAAUGUGACGAGUUACUAUUUAGCGGUAUUUAGUUAGUUGAAACAAAAGUUUUAAAGAACUAAAAAUAUAUAAUGGUGAACUAAACUUUUUGAAUUAUACAAUGUUCUACCACAUAUCGUUGGAGCAUGAAAUACUGCUGCAUCCAAGAUAUUUUGGACCGCAAUUAUUAGAUACUGUUAAACAGAAGUUGUAUACAGAGGUGGAAGGAACUUGCACUGGCAAAUAUGGUUUUGUUAUAGCAGUGACCACAAUAGACAGCAUUGGUGCAGGUCUCAUCCAACCAGGACAAGGAUUCGUUGUGUAUCCAGUUAAAUAUAAAGCCAUAGUUUUCAGACCAUUUAAAGGAGAGGUUCUUGACGCUAUAGUCACACAAGUGAAUAAGGUCGGAAUGUUUGCUCAAAUCGGUCCGUUAAGUUGUUUUAUAUCACAUCAUUCCAUACCCACUGAUAUGGAAUUCUGUCCCAAUGUAAAUCCCCCGUGCUAUAAAAGUAAACAGGAAGAUAAUGUCAUACAGGAAGAGGAUGUCAUUAGAUUAAAGAUUGUUGGCACCAGAGUUGAUGCCACGGGCAUUUUUGCCAUCGGAACACUAAUGGACGACUACUUAGGAUUAGUAACACAAUGAAUUCAAAUAUUUUAAGAAUAAAAAACAAUGAAAAUUUU